AUGAUAGUGCAAACCUUUCUUGAGUCCAGGCGACACAUCUUCUCCUCUGAAGAGGAGAGGAACCUCAACUUUCAACAAAGCAUGCGAACAAGCUUUCAAUUGAACCAGCGAAACGAGAGAGGAUUUUCAAAAGUUGAACACGCUUCGCAUCAUCAUCAAAUACCGAGAGAGGGAGAGAGAGAGGUAACCUUGCGCGGCAAGCCGGGGAAAGCCGUCAAGUAUGGUGCGGAGUAUGCAAGAAAUAAUGGUAUCCCAGUUAUAUUGUUCCCUAAAGCAAAGGAUGAAUCCAAUGGAUUAUCUCCCAGUGACGUUGUUGAUACACUAAGGAAAUUCGAGGUCGAUUUUAUUCUUUUAGCUGGAUACCUCAAACUUAUACCAGCAGAAUUGAUUCGAGCUUAUCAAAAAUCUAUAUUGAACAUUCAUCCGUCACUUCUUCCAGCUUUUGGAGGCAUGGGCUAUUAUGGCAUGAAGGUUCAUAAAGCAGUAAUUGCUUCUGGAGCAAGAUUUUCAGGUCCUACAAUUCAUUUUGUUGAUGAACACUAUGACACAGGGCGUAUCCUUGCCCAGCGUUUGGUCCCUGUUCUUGCCAAUGAUACUGCAGAGGAGUUGGCUACAAGGGUUCUCAAUGAGGAGCACCAAUUAUAUGUGGAGGUAGUGGAGGCUGUAUGUGAAGACCGUGUGGUUUGGAGGAAAGAUGGUGUUCCUCUGAUCCAAAUCAAAGAAAACCCCAAUGAGUUUCGUUGAUUAUCUUUGAUAUGGGGAUUUUGGUUGGAGAUUUUGCUUAUGCAAUCUUCACAUUUGCCCCAAAUCUGUAGCUAUUGAAUUGUAAUUAUUAGGCAGGUAAUUUCCGGUGGCACUCAUGUCACAUCUCCUCUAAGAAUAUAAUAAGCAGGUGGAUUUUGAUACCGGGUUGCUAAGCAUACUUUUGGAGUCCUUCAUUCCCCACACAAAAUUCCAUUAACGUAUCAUGAUUUUGCUCCUUAAUAAAGAAAUUAUCUACUAUACUAUUUGGAUAAGAAAUUUGAUGUGCCAUACAACAUUUCUUAGUUUAUAAAUAGAGUUUGUAG